AUGCCUUUAAAGCUUUAUCUCACUUUUGUAGACACAGAAACAGCUGCGGAGCGAAAGCACAAGAGACUCGUCAAGUUGUUGGGAUAUUGCUACGAUGAAGAUGUAGGAGUAGGGUUUCUUGUUUCGGAGUUCAUGCCUAAUGAUACGCUGGCUAACCGUUUGUUCCAUCAGAAAAACAUGGAUUGGUCAAUGAGAAUGCGAGUGGCGUACAAUAUAGCCGAAGCAUUGGAUUACUGCAGAAUUGCACGUGCUUUCUCGUACGAUAAUCUGAGUGCUAACUCAGUUCUGUUUGAUAAGGAUGGUGAGGCCUGUCUCUCCAGUUUCGGUUUAGUUACGGCGAUCAUCCGUUAUAAUCGAAGAGAAGGAGGAAAUGUCAACACUGGGAAUGUGACAUACAGAUUUGGUACUAUCCUUGUGAAUCUGCUUACUGGAAUGCAAAUUGCUCCAAGCCAUGCUCCUGAGAUGAUCAAUGGAAAGGAUGUUACUGAGCUGAUUGAUCCAAAUCUGAAGGGAAAGUAUUCUAAAGAAGAAGCUACCGUAGUCUUAAAACUCGCCUCUGAAUGUUUGCAAUGCAAUGAUUAUAAGGAGAGGUUCGUCACAAAAGAGGUUGCUCCAACACUUGAAGCCUUACACGCUAAGAAAUAA